GACUCCAGUCCAGGCUUUGCUCUGAGCCCGCAGCCCAGCGCAGCCCGGCCUCUGGCGAGAGCCAAUCAGAGGGCGCCUCUCAGCACGUGGAGGAGAGAGACUCCAGAGCUCCGCGCCCGCCGCUCACUACACUUGUUACUGCUUGUCCUGAGCGCGGAGAGGGCGAGCUUGGGCUGCGGGCAGGGCGGGAGCCAGAAGCCAGCAACCGAGGGAGGCAGAGAGGCACAGAGAUCGAAGUAAUAUCCAUUACAACCAGCCAUCUAACCCCACUCCCUAACACACAUCCAUCCACCCCACCCUCCAGGAGAGGCAGCCAGCGGCCCCGCUCUCUGCGUCCAGGGAAAAAGCCCCAGCCAUGAGCAAUCAGUACCAGGAGGAGGGCUGCUCCGAGAGGCCCGAGUGCAAAAGUAAAUCUCCAACUUUGCUCUCCUCCUACUGCAUCGACAGCAUCCUGGGCCGAAGGAGCCCAUGCAAGAUGCGGCUGCUGGGAGCCGCGCAGAGCCUGCCUGCCCCACUGGCCAGCCGCGCCGACCAGGAAAAGGCUGUGCAAGGCUCCCCCAAGGGCAGCAGCGCCCCGUUCGAGGCUGAGCUCCACCUGCCGCCCAAGCUUCGGCGCCUGUACGGCCCGGGCGGGGGCCGCCUCCUCCAGGGCGCCGCGGCGGCGGCGGCGGCGGCCGCGGCAGCUGCUGCGGCGGCGGCCACGGCCACGGCGGGUCCGCGCGGGGAGGCCCCUCCGCCGCAGCCUCCAACCGCGCGGCCCGGGGAGCGUCCGGACGGCGCGGGGGCUGCGGUGGCCGCCGCGGCCGCCGCGGCCGCGGCCUGGGACACACUCAAGAUCAGCCAGGCACCGCAGGUGAGCAUCAGCCGCAGCAAGUCGUACCGCGAAAACGGGGCGCCCUUCGUGCCGCCACCGCCCGCGCUGGACGAGCUGGGUGGCCCGGGGGGCGCCGCGCACCAGGACGAGCGCCUCGGCCCGGCCAGCGGCCCCGGUGGCGCCCAGGCGGCGGGCGGCGGUACGGGCGCAGAGGACGACGAGGAGGAGCUGCUGGAGGAUGAAGAGGACGAAGACGAGGAAGAGGAGCUGUUGGAGGACGACGAGGAGGAGCUGCUGGAGGACGACGCCCGCGCGCUGCUCAAGGAGCCCCGGCGCUGCGCCGUGGCCGCCACUGGCGGGGUGGCCGCCGCCGCCGCCGCCGCCGCCGCCGCCGCCGCCGCCGUGGCCACAGAGGGAGGCGAGCUAUCGCCUAAGGAGGAGCUCCUGCUGCACCCAGAGGACGCCGAGGGCAAGGACGGCGAGGACAGCGUGUGCCUGUCGGCGGGCAGCGAUUCGGAGGAGGGGCUGCUGAAGCGCAAACAGCGGCGCUACCGCACCACGUUCACCAGCUACCAGCUGGAGGAACUGGAGCGGGCCUUCCAGAAGACGCACUACCCAGACGUCUUCACCAGGGAGGAACUGGCCAUGAGGCUGGAUUUGACUGAGGCCCGAGUCCAGGUCUGGUUCCAGAACCGUCGGGCGAAGUGGCGCAAGCGGGAGAAGGCGGGCGCGCAGACCCAUCCUCCUGGGCUGCCCUUCCCCGGGCCGCUUUCGGCCACCCACCCGCUGAGCCCCUACCUGGACGCCAGCCCCUUCCCUCCGCACCACCCAGCGCUUGACUCGGCCUGGACGGCCGCCGCUGCCGCGGCCGCCGCCGCCUUCCCGAGCCUACCUCCGCCUCCAGGCUCGGCCAGCCUGCCGCCCAGCGGGGCGCCGCUGGGCCUGAGCACUUUCCUCGGAGCCGCUGUGUUCCGACACCCGGCCUUCAUCAGCCCUGCGUUCGGCAGGCUCUUUUCCACCAUGGCCCCCCUGACCAGCGCGUCGACCGCGGCCGCGCUCCUGAGACAGCCCACGCCCGCCGUGGAGGGCGCGGUGGCGUCGGGCGCGCUGGCUGACCCGGCCACUGCGGCCGCAGACAGACGCGCCUCUAGCAUAGCGGCGCUGAGGCUCAAGGCCAAGGAGCACGCCGCGCAGCUCACGCAGCUCAACAUCCUGCCGGGCACCAGCACGGGCAAGGAGGUGUGCUAAAGGCUGCCCUCCACCCUCGCGCCCCGGGCGCACCCCGAAAGGUCACCUCACUCAGCACCACUCAAGACCAAAUGGAAACAGAGGACCAGCACACUCCCGAGACGGCACUGAGAGAGCACAGCCGCCUUCGCAGCAGCCUGGAUGCGGGCAAGGCAGCCCCUGGCGCUACCGGACGUGGCACCUCCUCGGCUGGCUGUCCACCCGCCCCUGCCCCCGCCCCUGCCACUGCCAACCUCGCUCCCACUCGAACGUCCAUUCUCUCCCGUUCUUACUUUGCUGAAAAUAUCGGAGAGGUUUUCUCUCCAAGACGCCUGGUAUUGAAGUUAAAAAAUUAAAAAACCCAACCUCUCUUCCUCCUGGCACCCCACUUAGCUUUUUUUUUUUUUUUAACAGCAUUUUGGCGCUCUAAGUUGAUCUCCCAAGCGUGGGCCCCGGUGUGAAGCCAGGGCCAGGGAAGCGAACGCGAAUCUGUAAGAUAGCUAACAGUGCACUUAACAGAAAGGGGCGUCUUGUUCUUGUUCUCUUCUUUAUCAUACACCAACCAAGGUUUUUAUAUCAAACCAAAGGGAAAUACUCUGCUAGAAUAUGGACUGUUGAAGUCACCAAACUGUGAUUAUUGAUUCUGUACAUACCAUUGUUAUUAAAAAAAAAAAAAAAGAACAGAGCUUUGUAUAUUUGAAAUGUUAUAACGCAAUUGCACUCAGCGUGGUAUGGUAAAAGUUUGUCCUCCUGUAGAUUCUUACUGUGUUGUAGAUACGGUAGGGUUCCUAGACAAAUAUUUAUGUACUCAAGCCCUUUAUUUAACUUAUUAACUGUAGAGGCUUCCGAAACCUUUAAGAUAAAGGCAAUGGUACAGUACUUUUGUGUAAUGUGUAAUUGUUAUCACUUUUCCUUGCUAUCUAGUGGAGAAGUGUCACGCUCAAAAUAAAAAAAAAAAUUAUAUGUUUAACAAAA